AUGAGUGUUAUCCUGUGUACAGCGGGGUAUGACCAUACUAUCCGGUUUUGGGAAGCCCUCUCCGGCAUCUGUUCUCGCACCCUCCAACAUCCAGACUCCCAGGUCAACCGUCUCUGCAUCACCCCCGACAAACGCUACCUUGCCGCAGCAGGCCAUACCAAUGUCAAACUCUUCGAUAUUAAAUCCUCCAACCCGAAUCCGGUGAUGACCUUUGAAGGUCAUACGAAUAAUAUCACGGGCGUCGCAUUUCACUGCGAAGGGAAAUGGAUGGUCACCAGCUCUGAGGACGGCACCGUCAAGGUCUGGGAUACACGAUCGGGCAGUUUGCAGCGGAACUAUGUGCACAAGGCUCCAGUUAAUGAUGUGGUUAUUCAUCCGAAUCAGGGGGAGUUGAUUAGUGGUGAUCGCGCUGGGACCGUUCGUGUUUGGGACUUGGGAGAAAGUGUGUGCACGCAUCAAUUGAUCCCGGAGGAUGAUGUUGCUGUGUCGAGCGUGAGCGUUGCAAGCGAUGGUUCGUUGUUGUGUGCUGGUAACAAGAAGGGCAACGUAUAUAUCUGGCGCAUGAUCCAAGACACCGAAGUGACUCGUAUUGUACCCAUUGCAAUGUUCCAAGCACACCGAGACUACCUUACGCGAGUAUUACUAUCGCCAGAUGUCAAACACCUUGCAACUUGUUCAGCAGACCACACAGCCAAGAUAUGGAACCUCGACCAGGCCUAUCCUCCUGCUGUAGCCGCCGCGGCUGCAGCAGCAGAAACGGCCGCCUCUCGUCCCAACAACUCCAACGGAACUUCCACUCCUACACCUCCUGCCAAUGGUGUGUCCAACAACAACGGCGCCGCCGGAUCUUCUUCCACUACUCAACCCCAACAAACACGAAGUACAUCCACGGACCUAGCAGCCAGCGACUUUAGCAUGGUCAGCAGCGCCGCCAGCCUCAAUCCCCUCCUCAACCCAAACCAAAAUCAACAGCAGCAACAACAAUCAGCCCCUUUCCCUACACAACCCGACGGACCACCCAUCGACCCAUCGACCGGUACCCCGUUCCUAGAGACCACCCUCUCAGGCCAUCAACGCUGGGUAUGGGACUGUGCCUUCUCCGCCGAUUCUGCGUAUCUGGUUACUGUGUCUAGUGACCACUACGCGCGGUUGUGGGAAUUGGCUUCAGGGACGAUUAUUAGGCAGUAUAGUGGCCAUCAUCGCGGCGCGGUUUGUGUUGCUUUGAAUGAUUAUUCUGAGCCUCGUUAA